UAUUGGCAAUGCGAGGCACCCAAAUCAAAUAAUGUAUCGCAGGCCAAAAACAGUUUGAUGCACAACGCUCGCUCGCGAUGACGACGACGACGAUAACACAAUAGUACGCAAUCAAAAGGCAGCAGCAACAAGAAAAUUAUAAUAACCUAACCCAGCUAUUGAAAUCAUUGCAAAUAUUACACAUACGUAACGUGCUCAUAAGCCAAAGAAAAAGUCAAGCCUAUAAAUAAAAGAAUUCGAAACGCCACAUAAUAAUUCUUUGUGUCAUUUUUUAAGUGCGCAACAUGCAGCAUACAAAAUAAAUACAAAAUCAAAUCAAAUCACGCAGUGAAGUGAAGUUCAGUCAACAGUCAAAUAAAUAUUCAUAAUUUCGUUUUGCCGCAACGCAAAAAGAAAAUGUUUUGUGUUAAAAAAAGAAAUUUGUAUUCGAUAUUAUAGAUAGAAAGCAGCAAAUAACAAAAUAGUGCGUACAAACCAAAAGAUCUGAAACUUAUAUAUAUAUAUUUAUAUAUAUUUAUAUUUAUAUUUAUAUAUAUACUUAAAUACGUUUUGUGUAAAGUAAAGCAGUCAAAACGGGCACUCGUCUACGUGAACCCAGCGUCAAGGGACGCACUCAGAGCAAAAUGAUCUUCAUAGAUGACUCAGAGCCGGAAGGAGUUUUGGAGCCGGUAUUUCCAAUGCGCGAUGUGACCAUAAACCGCAAUGUGGACGCAUAUAAAUUGUACGACGUGCUCGGCGAAGUGGGACGCGGUAAAUUCGGCACCGUCUACAAGUGCAAGGAGAAGACAAGUGGCCUACAAUUGGCGGCCAAAUUUGUGCCCAUACCCAAGCGGGAUGACAAGCGGAACGUGGAGCGAGAAGUGGAGAUUAUGAAUUCAUUGCAACAUCAUCUCAUUAUACAAUUGUAUGCUGCAUACGAAUAUCAGAAAAUGAUGUGCGUCGUCCUGGAACUCAUUGAGGGUGGCGAACUCUUCGAUCGUGUUGUGGACGAUGAAUUUGUGUUGACGGAGCGUGUUUGUCGUGUCUUCAUUAGACAGGUGUGCGAAGCGAUGGCUUUUAUACACGGCAAUGGCAUUAUCCAUUUGGAUCUGAAGCCCGAGAAUAUUUUGGUGCUCACACAAAAAGGCAAUCGCAUCAAGAUAAUUGACUUUGGACUGGCACGUAAAUUCGAUCCAGACAAGCGAUUGAGAGUACUCUUUGGCACACCUGAGUUUGUGGCGCCUGAGGUUGUCAACUUUGACUGCAUCUCGUAUGGCACUGAUAUGUGGAGCGUUGGUGUCAUCAGCUAUGUGCUCAUCUCUGGUCUGUCGCCAUUCAUGGGAGAGAACGACAUUGAAACAAUGUCAAAUGUAACCAUUGCAAAAUACGAUUUCGAGGAUGAAUGCUUUAAUGGCAUAUCCCCCGAGUGCCUGGAUUUCAUAGCCAAGCUCCUUGCAAAGGACUUGAGCACCCGCAUGACAGCUGCCGAUUGUAUGAAGCACAAAUGGUUGCAACAACAUCCACCAGCCACGCCCAAAACAACAACAGCAGCAGCAGCAGCAGCAACAGUAGCAAAGACUGCCUCCACAGCGAGCGGGAAGACGCGCCUGAAGUCAGAGUCGCCCAUAACUUUAGCCUCGGAGUCUUCAGAGGAUUCAACGGAAACAAUUGAGGAUGCAGAUGAUAAUGAGGACGCCAACGACGACGAUGACGUCGGCGAUGAGACAACAGAACAGGAUGAGGACAGCGAGGAGCUGGCAAAGCUCUGCACCACACAUGAGCUGGAGAACAAAGAGCUGGAUGCCACCAAGGAUAAUUUAAAGAAUUUCAUCGUGCGCUGGGAAACGCAUCCGAACAGUCCGUACGUCUUUGACGUCGAGGGCAAUGUGAUAGCGCCGCUGAAUGAGACAAGCUAUACGCAUCCGCGCCACCAGCAUGGCCCGGACAGCAUCUCCUCAUCCCGAGUUUGUUCGCCUUCGCCCUGCGAAUCGAUAGCAACACUGACCGAUGACGAGAUGGCCAAUGAGUUGGAGGUGGCGGAGACGCCGGACGAGGAGCGACACAGUGUGGAGAGUCCACACUCGGUGGCCACGACGCCCAUCAAUGAAUCCCGCGAGAAACUGUUCCCCAUGACGGGUGCAACAGGAGCAACUGCCUCUGGGUGUGCCACGCCCACACCCCAACAUCUGUUCAACGAGAACUUUGACGAGUUCUCCGGCAGCGAGAGCAGCGCCCAAAAGCAGCGCAGCAUGAAAAGCUAUCUGCACACCUUCGAUCGCCGCAACUCGGACACCAACUAUCUGCUGGGCAGGCGCAGUUCCGGCGAGCGUGUUAAUCUCGCCGAUGAGAUACGCAAACUGAGCGAUCAUCUCUUAAUGCUCGCGGAGAUUAACACCAAGUUGGGAGAUGCAGAGGAAAACAAAGCAACAACGACAACAAGUGAAGAGAGCAGCUCCAAGCUGGAGGCGGGCAGCAAAUGGACGAAGAGCAUGAGCACGAGUACGAGCACGAGAAGCACGACGAGCAGCAUUAGAACAACGGGUCGUGUUUCCACGCAGCUGCAGCAGAAGAGCAGCUCGCUGUCGAUGCGACUGCAGCAGUCCAUUGAGGAGAUGCCCAAGCUGAGCAACGGGAGCAGCAAACAACAAACACAGUCCUUUAAUCGCAGCCAAUCCACAGUGAACACCAUUAGCACGGCCAACGCACAAACGAAUAGCAGCAGCAGCAGCAGCAUCAGCAGCAGUCGCAGUCAAGUUCCACUCACUUCCAGUUUCACUUCCAGUAACAUCUACACCGAGUCGGCGAGCAGUCGUCGCGCCAAAUUUCGUAUUAAUCAAAUGAGUCGCGAUGUGCCAAUCGGUUUACCAGAUACCCAUCAAACGGUUAAUCUCGAGGAGGCGGCGAACACAACGAAAGAUUGCCUACUGCAUCUGCUGGAAAAGUACAACGAGACUAAGAUACGCAAUCCAGUCGGCCGACAUCAGAGCAUCAGCGUUGAUUGGCACAUUAGCGAUAAUCUGGAAUAUCGUUCGAUGAGUUCCAUUAAUGCAUUCUUCCAGCGUCACAGCCAGGGCAGCGGGGGGCAGAAUGUGAAGCAUAUUCAAGCACAGCUGGAGGAGAAGGCAACGGGGAAAUAAUUACAUUUAGAGCAAACUAAAUAUCAUCCUCAAAUAUAUUUGUAUAUAACUCAUUGUACUAUAUAUAUCGUGUGGAAGAACACCAAAGAGAGUGUGUGGAACCUAAUGCCAAACUCAGUUACAGUUAGUCAAUUUCUAUGUUCGCAUGCAUGAAUUAAAUUAUUGAUGUAUUUGUCGUAAGUAAUA